GGGUUCAUUUUAAAUUUCUGUAAGGCAAUGUGCACCUUACAUCUAUCUAUGUACCAGGAAUUGGCAUUCUUCUGGUCCCUGAAAUUAUGAUUCACAGUUCACUACAAAGACACUUUAACUCGGGGUGGGGUGCGGGUGGAUUAUCACUUCCUGAAUGAAAGCUCCCGGAGAGUAGGGGCUUUUUUCUGCACAGCGAGUGGCCGCUUCCUGCGCACCAGGAAAUCCCCUCCGCCUGCGGGACCCGCCCCGCCCUCCUGCCCACGCGCCUGCUGGGUGGUGCCUGCUCGGGUCCCGACUCCGCCCGCCUCCUCACUCACUAGGAUCUGAUACUCCGCGCCGCCUAGACACUUCUAUUCCCGUCACUACCACCGGCCUCCCCUCGCUCCUGGGCAACGGUGCCCUCAACUGCGGUAUGUGUCUAGCUUUGGGAGCGGCUACCACAGGCAGGCAUCGGGUUAUUCGCUCCCGCCCCCAGGAAACGGCUCACUGUCAUGGACGCUCUAUCAGAAGCAAAUGGCACCUUUGCAUUAAACCUUUUGAAAAAGCUAGGGGAAAACAACUCGAACAACGUAUUUUUUUCACCCAUGAGCAUGUCGUCAGCCUUGGCCAUGGUUUUCAUGGGAGCGAAGGGAAACACUGCAGCCCAGAUGUCUCAGGCACUCUCUUUUAGUAAAAUUGGAGGUGAAGAUGGAGAUAUUCACCAAAGUUUUCAGUCACUUCUUGCUGAAAUUAACAGAACUGGUACACAGUACUUGCUUAAAACUGCUAACAGGCUCUUCGGAGAAAAGUCUUAUGACUUCCACACAUGUUUUACAGAUUCCUGUGGCAAAUUCUACCAAGCAAAGCUAACGCAGCUUGAUUUCCUGAAUGAUACAGAAAAGUCCAGAAUACACAUAAAUAACUGGAUUGCUGAAAAAACGGAAGGUAAAAUUACAGAGAUGCUCUCUCCAGAUUCAGUUGAUUCAUUGACUAAGCUGAUUCUCGUGAAUGCCAUCUACUUCAAAGGAAACUGGGAAAGUCAGUUUGUGAAAGAGAUGACCAGGGAAAUGCCUUUUAAAAUUAGCAAGAACAAAGAAAAACCUGUGCAAAUGAUGUUUAAGGAAUCCAUCUUUAAAAUGACCUAUGUAAGGAAAAUAUCCAGCCAAAUUCUAGUGCUUCCCUAUGUUGGAAAGGAACUGAAUAUGAUCAUUUUGCUUCCCAAUGAAAACACUGAUUUGAAAAUGGUGGAGAAAGAACUUUCUUAUGAGAGAUUCAUAGAAUGGACAAACCCAGACAAGAUGCAUGAACGAGAGAUGGAAGUUUUCCUUCCUAGAUUUAAACUAGAGGAAACUUACAACAUGGAAGACGUCCUUCGCAGUAUGGGCAUGGCCGAUGCCUUUGAACAGGACAGGGCAGACUUCACAGGAAUGUCGUCUAAGAAGGAUCUGUACUUGUCUAAGGUCAUGCACAAGUCCUUUGUGGAGGUCAAUGAGGAAGGUACAGAAGCAGCAGCAGCUACCACCGAAGAAAUAGUUUUUUGUUGUGCCAGUUACUCCCUCAGGUUCUGUGCAGACCAUCCCUUCCUUUUCUUCAUCCAGCACAGCAAAACCAAUGGUAUUCUCUUCUGUGGCCGGUUUUCAUCUCCAUAAGGACAUAGGUAGUCAUUGGAUGUAGUCCUUCUCUUUUCUCUUAGUGACCUACAUUUCCUCCACUCUUUACAGUGUGCCUGUGACCCAAAGUGACUUUAUUAUUGCAGCAGUCAAAAAUGAGAUGUUAGGAAUCUAAUUUGGAAAUUCCUUGUUGAGAACCCUUGUGUGUGUGUUUGCAUGUUAAAUGUUUUCUAGGGUCUGAACUUGAUUGUCUCCAAGGAUUUUGUGGUCACUUUGCAGGUGGUAUCAAUGACCACUUAGUCAAACCCCUCUGCUUGAAAUGAGGUGUUACCCUCUCCCCACUGCCCACACCAACAUAUUCCAACUGUCAGAGUUAUCUGCUGUCUCUUCACUUUGUAUAUGGUGCCACCCUCACAGUCUGCUAUGCUUCUGUUUUCCCAAACACAAGAAGAUACAUGUUAUUUUCUGUCUUCUCUGUUCAAUAGUAUUGACAAAUGGGCCCAUUUUUAAUGGAACAAUAGAAAGUGAAAUGGAGACUGGGGAGGAAGUAUGGUGAGCAGGACUCAGCAAUUCUCAGAAGUGGCCCAGCAUGGUGGCUCACACCUGUAACCAGCACUUUGGGAGGCCAAGAUGGGCAGAUCAUCUGAGGCUAAGAGUUUGAGACCAGCCCAGCCAACAUGGUGAAACCCUGUCAGUAC